ACAACGAGUGAGCCAGAAACACAUUUUUUUACAAUAUUUUUUGUUACAUAUUUUCGAUAUAAUUUAUUAUUUGAGUUGCUAGGUUUUAAGUACACUAUAACAAUGUUUUUGAACACUAUUCGUACAUUGUCGUCUACACUUUUCAAAGCAUCAAGUGGUCUAUCAACCGGCAACCACAUUGUGCCAAAAAACGGAAGAAAUGUCUACACAAACGUGGUCAAAUAUAAUGAAUUGUCAACUAAAGAUGAAAUGCAACGAGAUUCUCCGAAAGAUAGGUCGACUGUGAUUCCUGCCGAAACAAGUAUUGAAUAUCUAAAAAGUGAUGCAUACAAAUCCACUUAUGGAAAUAAUCCUGUUUGGAAAGAAUAUCGCCGUAAUCACAAAGGAAGUAUUCCACCAAGAAAAACUAGGAAAAUGUGUAUUAGAUCUGAUAUGAUUGCAACUGGUAAUCCAUGUCCAGUAUGUCGUGACGAAUACCUCAUACUCGACUACAGAAAUGUGGAUUUGCUCAAACAAUUCAUAUCUCCUUAUUCUGGAAAACUGUUAUCCUAUAAAUUAACUGGAAUUUGCCAAAAACAACAUGAAAAUUUGAUAGUUGCCGUAAAAAAAGCCAAAGACUGGGGAUUCAUUAAAUUUGAUCUUCCAAUCAAGCAUUACAAUUAUGAUGAAUUUAAAAAUUCAAAUUAGUGUAAUGUGGCAUACAUAAAUGAUGUAACUGAACUUAUACAGAAAUAUGAGUUGGAUUUUUUAGAUGCACAUUCUUAUACUAGUAUAACUUGUUUUAUUAGUAUUAAUUAUAAUAUUUUCUUACUAUGUUUAAGUUAAUUGAAUCACAUUAAAUAUGAGAUAAAUUAUGUUUACAAUAUACACAAAUAAGAAAUAACUCUGUUACUACAAUAUUUAAAUUUGUGUGAGCAGUCAAUCUAUAAUCAAAUAAAUACAUAUAAAAUAAAAGGUCUAUUAAAAUUUAAUAUUAUUUUAUACAUCUUAUAAUAUUUAAUUGUAUUUUAAACUUAUUAAUGAUAAAUAUUAAUAUAAAAAUUACAAUAUAAAUAAAUGAAUGAAUAUUUAUAAUCAAUGAAGUUUAUUCAAAAGUAUUUUGUAUGGAUUGAAUGUUGAUAUUUAAUUUAUAAAAACAAUAUUGUCCAUCAGUCAUAGUAAUAUUAAUAGUCUCA